AUGAAUUCGUCUUAAGUUUAUCAUAUAAUCAGCGACAAAUUUCAUUCCCUUUAUAUGUCGAACAUUCACGCGGCUGAUCAACUGAAUCUGCUUCGAUCCAGGAAUCUGAGGACUAUUAUUUGUGUAGACAAGAGUCCUUCCAAACAUUAUACUGAUUUUGCACGAUACUAUUAAGUCUUUUUGCAAGACAAUAAAUCCACAUAGUAACUUUAAAAUAUUUGCGAAUUAAUCUAGAAUGGAUUGAAAUUAUCGUCGAUUCUUGUAGUCUGCAAUAACGGGUUGUAAGGAGCACCCACCAUAAUAAUUGCUUAUCUCAUUAGUCGAGGCUGGAAUUACGAAAAAGCCUUUUAUUAUGUCAAAGAAAAACAUAAUCUCAUAAAUCCAAGUCUGCAAUCGAAAAAACAAUUGAUUGAGUUUUAUGGUUCAGUCUCUAAUUAGUAACCUAAGGAGGAUGAAUUUACUCGAUUUACUUAGGUUCUAAAAGAGAUGUGGGACAAGUAAGACUAUUUUGAAAGUUCCCCUUGCUUCGAUCCGCUUACUGACUCUUUUCAAGAUGACGGCACCAAAACACCUGGUUUCAUAUCUCCCACUAACGUGCUUAAAAUGCGCAACUCAAUUAGGAAACCAGCAUCUCGCAAAAGCAGUAUGAUCAGGAGCACUUCUCGUAAUCAAAAGAGCGAUACGAAUAUGAAUUACUCAUUUCAUUUUGAUGAAAUUAAAGAAUUAAAUCAAGAAUAAAAAUAGGAAAUGUUGUCUCCAACGUUUUUGCAAGUCCAAGAAAUCUCCGAAGAGGAGGAAGAAGAAUUAGUUAGAUUAAGACAUAGAAGACAUCGAAGAAAUAUAACUAGAAAUAAAAGCGCUAAUCAAAAAAUAUUUGAUUGA